CAAAGGGCUGCUCUACGUUUCUUUAGCCCCAGAUCGCAACCUCUCUGUCCAUCUCUUCAACUCUCGCCCACACUCGUUACAAAUGCUGUUGCCCUAUCAUCCCUAUUAUUUAGUCCAGAGUCAUGAUGGCCUCAAUCCUGUCUGCCAAAACCGGCAUCCUGGCAAAGGCCAUGCAGGAUCGGCUCGGUCAUGAUGGCCCCGGCGAAUGCAUCACAUCCAUCCGCUGCAACGGCAGGGAGUUCCAUAUUGGAAUGUCGCCCUUCUUCAUCUGCAAUUCGCCUGCUGUCGAGUCCCGUUAUCGCAAAUAUAUCGCCGCUGUCAGAGACGGGUGGGAAGGAUUCAACGCACAGGAAGGCGAGCAUCCGGAAGACCUGAUGGACUGCUUCCAUGCGUGGCUCAUCAUUGCCUUCGAGCCUGUCUUUCUGGACGUUGCUCCGGAUGUCCCGCCGUUCUCUGACCCCGCAAAGAUCGCAGCGGGGGAGGCCCACCCACUUCUUCCCGAGUACUUCUUCCCGGAAGAGUACCGCUGCCGGCUGGAGCAAUACGUCAAGUUCUUCUAUCCCCAUGAAGUCGAGGUCUCGUUUGAGAAGCCCGACUACGCCCUAUCCGAGAUGCCGACACGGGCGUUGGUCGAGCUGGACGAUUCAGGCUCCAAGACGCUUUGCUUCUUGAAGGCCUUCGCGCUAUUUGUACCCGACUCUUCAGUAAGGCUUGAAAGGGAGCUCGAAGCCCAUCCCCGGAUCCUCAAGUCUUCCUUGGCGCACGACGCGCGCAUUGUUCGUCUUUGCGCGGUCGUAUCGGUAGAAGAAGAUUGUCGAAUCCUGGGCCUGCUGCUCACGUACAUUGACCGCCGCCGCGAAAAUGACGGGCUCUUGCUCGAGGACCACCUGCUCCACACGCCCAUUCCGCUCCGACAGCGCUGGGCGAAACAGAUUCAAGAGACGGUCGAGCAACUCCAUGGCGCGGGUCUUGUCUGGGGCGAUGCCAAAGUGGAGAACGAACUGAUUGACAAGGACGAUGACGUUUGGCCGAUUGGCUUUGGCGGCGGCUAUACAGACGGAUGGGGGGUAGCCAAGGUUGUUGAACAUCUCUCCAACGAAGAGUACGAGCCGUACCCUGACUCUGAUGAUUCGGACGAGGAUGUUAUCGGCGUAUUCAGUGCGGUCUAUUUUAUCGUGACGGGGCACAGGAACUGA